AUGUCUAAGUCUCCGUUAUUCGAAGGCAAGAGCCUUCAGUCGGACGAUGCGCCUGUGACCUAUGUCAGAGACCUGGGGAAUGAGUUUGCAAUGGAUUCGAUGGGCAGGAGAGCGGUGGCCGAGCAGUACCAAGGCACAGAGGAAGAUCAAUACACCAUGAAGGUCCUGGGCAGAACGCAGGAAUUACGCCGCAACUUCGGUUUCUUGCCUACCCUCGGCUUCGCUUCCACGCUGAUUGCUACUUGGGAGUUCAUCCUCGCAACGCUUCUAAGUGGCCUUACCAAUGGAGGCACUGCCGGUCUGUUCUGGGGCUACUUAGUGGUCGCGACAGGGUUCUUUCUCGUUUACUUAAGCGUGGCCGAAUUGGCGUCUAUGGCUCCGACGUCCGGCGGCCAAUACCACUGGGUAUCUGAGUUUGCGCCACGGAGCUGUCAGAAGUACCUGAGCUAUCUUACCGGCUGGCUUACCUUUAUUGGUUGGCAAUCGGGCGUCGCCGGGACCUCGUUCAUGGUUGGAACAAUUAUCCAAGGCUUAAUAGUCUUAAACUACGAGUCUUACGCAUACCGAAGCUGGCAUGGAACAUUACUUGUCAUCGGGGUUACCUCGUUCGGUAUCGCCUUCAACACGAUCUUUGCCCGGAGGCUACCACUUGUCGAAAACAUCCUAAUGGUCCUUCACGUCCUGGGAUUCUUUGUCGUGGGUUUCGUGCUGUGGAUCUUGGGCCCGCGUGCCAAUGCAAAGGCUGUCUUCACCGAGUUCAGGAACAACGGCGGCUGGUCUACCGAUGGAACAUCCUUUCUGGUAGGACUGAACCCGCUAGUAGUCUCGUUGUUAGGUUUCGACUGUGUUGCCCACAUGUCCGAAGAAGUUAACGACGCCUCACGGACCGUACCGCUGGCGAUAAUCUGGGGGAAGCUAGUGAACGCAGUGUUUGGGUUUGGAAUGAUCAUUACCGUCAUUUUUAUUUGGGGCGACAUGGAUGAAAUCGCACUGUCGCCAACCGGGUACCCGUUCAUCCAGAUUUUCUACAACAUCACGCACAGCUACGCUGGCACGAACAUCAUGACAGCAAUCAUCGUUGUAACUUUGACCGCCUGUGUUAUUGCAACCGUGGCCACCGCUUCCCGCCAGAUUUGGUCUUUCGCGAGAGACAAUGGACCGCCCUUCUCCGCGACACUAUCACGCGUCAAACCUGGCUGGGAUAUUCCGCUGAACGCGGUGCUCAUCUCGCUCGCUGUGACUAUCUUACUCUCCCUCAUCAAUCUUGGCUCGAGCGUUGCCCUUACCGCGAUGUUCUCUCUAAGCUUAGCUAGUGGCAUGACCUCGUACACCUUGUGUAUCGGCUGUGUGCUACUCAAACGCUUCCGUGGCGAAAAACUUCCGGAACGGCGGUGGACGCUGGGCCGCGUCGGUGGGCCUGUGAACGUCGCAUCGCUUGUCUUUCUCUUUGUGAUGUACAUCUUCAGCUUUUUCCCUACCGUUACGCCUGUCAAACCGAGUACUAUGAACUGGGCGGUCGUCAUGUAUGGAUCCGUGGUUUUGUUUGCCACAGGGUACUACUUUGUGAUUGGAAAGAAGGUGUACAUAUCGCCCGCCGAAAGGGUAAGGAGAGACGCUAGUUUUUGA